AUGUCGCGCCCAACCAAGAAACGCAAGAUACAGGAUAGCAACGCCGAACGCACUAACAAUAUUCAGGAAAUAGAAAAUUCUCUUCAAGCGGCUGUUUCCCAAGGAAGCUCUUUGAACCGACUGUCUGACCUUUUGGAGAUCGCAGAAAAGAACGGCGAGGACCCCAAAGUUCUUCAUAAAGCCCUUUAUGCGCUAUACAGGACCUUUUCACUCCUCAUUUCAAAGAACUGGUUCCAUUCUCCUCAGGCCCCAUCCGAGAAAGCGCAAAUUGUUCGGCAAUGGCUCUUUAAAAGGCUGGACCAAUAUCUUGGCAUAUUAUUCGCACUUUUAGAUCACAGUGAGCCACUCAUAUUGGACGCUGCAUGGCAAAUUCCGCUUUCACUUCUCAAGCAGCUCUCUUCAUCGUUGUCAGCUGCUACCGGACGCCCACAAAUUCAUUACCGCAUCUUUCGCCAGAUCGUUCCAGCAUAUAUAACUUCUGAUACCGCCUUGGUCCGUCUCAAAAAACUGACGAACGAGUAUGAUGAUAUCCGUUGGUUUAUACUUAGGGAGAUACCAUCUCUCCUGUCGGCGCACUCUUCUGUACCGGAUAACAACGUGACUGAGCACGUCUUGGAACUCUUGGAAAACAUUGAUAGUAUGCCGUCGCAGAAGGACGACAUCAACGAGUUCUACAUUACAGAAUUGUCGAAGCCACCGGCAGGAGUCAAAUUCAAUCAAAAAGCGCAAGAAAAUUCGGAGGAUAGUGACGACGACGAUGACUGGUCUAAGUUUUUCGAUACUCAGCCAGCGGAAGAGACGGCCUCUGCACCAGAACGAGAUGGACGUGCGAGCGAGUUUUCCACACACAAAGCUCUGUUCUAUGUACAGUCUCACCGUGCACAGUUCUCUGCAGCCUGGCUGGCACUGAUGCAGCAUAUCAAGACGUCGCCUGAGCGCUCAAAUCGUGUCUUAUCAAUUCUACACCGCUCCAUUAUGCCACAUCUUACCCAACCCUUGCAGUUGGUGGAUUGGAUAGGCGCAUGCGUUGACUUUGAUGGUGCAACGGCCCUACUCGCAUUCAAUGCACUAUUCGUACUCAUUCAGAAACACAACCUGGACUAUCCGGAUUUCUACACGAGACUUUAUGCUCUUCUCGAUGCAAACAUCCUACAUGUUCGCUACCGGGCUCGAUUCUUCCGCCUUUUGGAAGUAUUCUUAUCUUCAACGCAUCUUCCUGCAACGCUUCUGGCCUCGUUCCUUAAGAGACUUGCCCGUCUAUCUCUCUCUGCACCGCCGCCUGCAAUCAUCAUGAUCAUCCCAUUCACCUAUAAUAUUCUCAAACGGCAUCCAUCCCUUAUGCCGAUGAUUCAUCGAGAUUUCGACCCUACGAUCGAAACAGAUCCUUUCUUAGCCGAAGAACCGUCUCCACUUCGUACAAAUGCGAUCUCGUCGUCUUUGUGGGAACUGAAUUCGCACCGAUCCCACUAUGCCGCACCAGUCUCAACUCUUACCCAAAUCUUCUCCGAAGCGUUCACAAAACCGUCCUAUAUGCAAGAGGAUUUCCUCGAUCAUACGUAUGGCACGCUAUACACAUCCGAAACAAAACGGAAAAUCACCAAGGAGCCGGCUCUCAAUAUCGUUGCUUCAAGUAACCUAUUUGGUCCCCCUGAAGAGCUCUCAGUCUCUACAGACCCUUGUGGGUUGUGGGCGUGA